AUGGCCACCCUCGGCAACCUGCUCGAGGGGCGAGGCUUUCUCGACAUCUUUGUACGCCUCUCUCCUACACCCCAGAUUUCGCCGCCAGACCACGCUGAGCCCGUCAAAGGCGGCAAAGACCCUCGAGUCGGGUCCGGCAGAGGUGACUCGUCCGGCGGCGGGACGCUCAGUACGUCGGCCAACAACAAGACGUCGUCGCUGGGCAAGCUGGGCGCCACAUUCAUCCCCAUUGCCAUCUACGUUGCCGUGUGUGUCGUCAUCUUCGUCGUGCUGCGGCGCAGGUGCACGCGCGUGUAUGCGCCGAGAACCAUAUCCGCCUUGCGAGCGCCAGAACUACCAAGCAAGGCCCUCCCCUCUGGCUGGCUCAACUGGGUCGUGCCCUUUUUCAAGGUUUCGGACACAGUGGUCCUUAACAAUGGCUCGCUCGAUGCAUUCUUCUUCCUGCGGUUCCUCAAGGUCUUGAGGAACAUUUGCGUCGGAGGCUGCCUCAUUCUUUGGCCCGUUCUCUUUCCGAUACACGCGACCGGCGGCGGCGGGCUCACUGAGCUGGACCUCUUGACGAUAGGCAAUGUCAAAGACCCGGGCAGGCUGUAUGCCCAUGCCUUCAUGGCAUGGGCUUUUUUCGGAUUUGUCUUGUACAUGAUUGUGCGCGAGUGCAUUUACUACAUCAACAUUCGCCAGGCGUACCUGUCAUCCCCGUACUACGCCGAGCGCAUCUCCUCGCGCACCAUUCUGCUGCAGUGCGUGCCGGAGUCCUAUCUCAACGAGCGACGUCUUCGCAAGCUGUACGGCGACUCGGUGAAGCGCGUCACCAUCCCGCGGACGACCAAGGCGCUGGCCAACAUGGUCAAGGAGCGCGAGCAGACGGCCAUGCGAUUGGAGAAGGCCGAGGUGGAGCUUAUCCGCAAGGCCAAUGCGGCGAGGGUGAAGCAGGCGAAGAAGACGGCCAAGAAGGAGGCGAAGGAGGCGAGGCGGGCAAGCAAGACGAUGGCAACAUCGGAGACUCACGAGUUGAAGCAGGACGACGCGGCGCAAUCUCAGUUACCGCACUCGGACUCCGUCCUCUCGCAGCAGGACCUCGUCGCAGUGGGCACGAACUCGAUCAGCGACGACAGCCAAAUGGAAGCUCGAGGGGGAUGCGUCGUUGUCGAGCUCCCCGGUGCAGCAACCAUGGAGGCGGAUGAGAAAGACGCCGAGGCCGACGAGGCAGUUCAUGUUGUGAGAACCGACACGAGCGAUACGAAACGGGACGACGAAGAAGACGAGUACGCCCAUCCGUACGGUCUCGACCCGAAGCUUGCCGACGUCAGGGGCUCCGUCGCGGCGCAGUAUAUUCCAGUGCAGCAGCGGCCCUACCACCGGCCCCUGGGGAACUUUCUCCGCCGCGUCGACACGAUUCGGUGGACGCGCAACCGUCUGCGCGAGCUCAACGUGCAGAUUUACAAGAUGCGCAAGCAGGUCCGCCGUGGAGAGGGCGCCACGCUGCCCGCGGCCUUCAUCGAGUUCCACACCCAGGAGAGCGCACAGGCGGCGCACCAGGUGCUCGUGCAUCACCGGCCGCUGCAGAUGUCGUCGCGCCUCCUGGGCGUGCGGCCCGACGAGGUCAUCUGGAAGUCGCUGCGCAUGUCUUGGUGGGAGCGCAUCGCCCGGCGCUUCUUCGUGCUGUCGCUCGUUACCCUCGCCGUCAUAUUCUGGUCCAUACCAUCGGCCGCCAUCGGGCUCAUAUCGCAGAUCGACUUCCUGGCCAAGAACAUCAUCGUCCUAUCGUGGCUGCUGAAGCUGCCUUCGGUCGUUGUCAACUUCCUCCAGGGCUUCGUCCCGGCCAUCGCGUUGUCACUGUGGAUGGCGGCCGUGCCCAUCAUGUUGCGCUUCUGCGGCAGAGUGGCCGGCAUCCCUACUGUGACCAUGGUUGAGCUGUUUGUCCAAAAUGGCUACUUUGCAUUCCAGGUUGUCCAGGUCUUUCUCAUCACGACCCUCACAUCGGCGGCGUCUGCCGCCUUUACCGACAUCCUCGAAAACCCCAUCAAGGCCAAGGACAUAUUGGCCACUAAUCUACCCAUGGCCUCCAACUUCUACCUCUCAUACAUCCUCAUCCAAUGCCUCGCCAGCAGCGGGACCGAUCUUUUGCAUGUCUUUGCAUUGAUACGGCACUACGGCCUCGACAAGAUGAGCAGCUUGCCACGCACGAGAUACCGGGCGUGGCGGCGAUUGCGGCCGGCGCGAUGGGGCGGCGUGUUCCCCGUCUUUGCCAAUAUGGGCGUUAUCGCCAUGAGCUACGCGUGCAUUGCGCCUCUGAUUCUCGUCUUCGCCGCUGGCGGCAUGGCGGCCAUGCGCCUCGUCUGGCGAUACAACCUCCUCUACGUCUACGAUUCCGACUUUGACAGCAAGGGCCUCUUCUACCCCCGCGCACUGCUCCACCUCAUAAUAGGGCUCUACCUUGCCGAGAUCUGUCUGAUCGGUCUCUUUGCGCUGCACCUGGCGUUCGGCCCCCUGGCCAUGAUGGUGAUGUUCUUCAUCUUUACAGGACUGGUGCACCUAUCGCUAGGCGACGCGAUUGCUCCACUGUUGCAAAACCUUCCGCAGACGCUGGCGAUGGAGCCUGAUGUGCAGCGAGAGGAGCGUGAGGCCAAAGAGCGGGCGCGGGAGCUGGCAAGGGCACGCGCGGCGGAGGAAGGCGACGAGACAGGGGCAAACAACGACUAUUAUGAUACCACGCAAACCUUUGGCGAGGAACAGGACGGUCGCGGCGACGGCGACAACGACGACUUCAUCGACGACGAUGACGAGGGCAUCGAGACCGAAGACGAAGAGGAGCACAUAGUGACGAGCGAGCGGGCACUCGAAGGCGCGGGAAGCAUCAAGGCCACCCUCGCCGAAUGGCUAAAGCACACCACGAAGUCUAAGAUGCAGUCCGAGGCAUCACGCUCCGGCAUCACCGACGCCUUCGACAAGGUCGCGCUCUGGACAGGCGCGAAGCGCGAUCCGAAGAAGCCCCCCGGCCUCGUCGCGCGAUGGCUGCAUCCCGAAGAGUACGAGGACUUUGUCGCGCUGCGCGAGGCCCUGAUCGAGCCGGAGGAGAAGCACCGACCCAAGAUCGAAUACCCGCCAGGCCCGCGGAAACGAUUCUGCGAGUUCACGCCGCCAGAGGUGUGGGCUCCGCGGCCGACGCUCUGGAUCCCCAGGGAUGAGGCCAGGGUCAGCCGGCAGGAGGUGGCGCACACGAGAAAGUAUACGCCGGUCUCGGACAAGGCGGCGAUCAUGGACGACAAGGGCAGGAUCACGGUCUUCUUUGACGAGGCGCCGCUGCAUGAGCCGAGACUGAUGCUAUAA